AUGGGAGAGAGGCAGAGGAACCACAACAUCUGAAAGUUUUAAACCUGUGAUCGCAGUAGGUGAUGCGAAGCAAGACUGGGGGUUCCUCCAACAUGUGGAAGCAAAACAAAUUCCACUUCAUGGACUGUUUCAGACAGAGACAGAUUUAGGUUUUGCCGCUGCGGGAGUGCAUUCUCUGUCACGUUCUUAUUCGGGGAGGGUGGAAAUAUAAAGACGAGAUAGGGCAGUUUAAAAAGAUAUCAAACUAAGAGGCGUGCAAGAAAAUGCAAUGCAUUGAAACGAACUGGACGUUAAGCCGCAUGUUUCUCUUCAGUGUUUAUGAAAAGUAAGCGACUUGGAAAAAUACUGCAAGAGAGGAAACGUCAACGAGGAACUUAAAGUACAACAGACGUUAACUUCAGGAGCAGUGAACGCAGUGGAAGACAAGAGAAUCAGCCGUCUGGGAAAGUGAGGACCCCUGCUAGCAUCUCACUGUGGAAGUACUAAUUGUGUCGGGAUUAUUGCAAGCACUGUAAUCAGUAGUGUUGGAUUUUUUUUUUUUUUUUUUUUUUUUUGUCCCCUCCAAGAAGUGGAUCUAGCAAGUAUUUCUUUUGUUUUAUAUACUGCACAAAGGAUGAAGCAUCCUGUGCACUGAUCCCCCCCCCCACCCUGUGUCCUUGACUGCGGGACCCAGUGACCAUGCUGACCGAGUGUCCAACACCAGAAGGAUCAGAGCCCCGACCCUCUCUCAGGCCUGCUGUAACCUCUGCAGCACUAUGUCUCAAGCAGUCGCGGCUCCACUCGAGGCCAACAGCUCACAGUCAGGAGAAGUGCCUGGGGUUCAGCUGAAAUGGGCUGCCUUGCUUAUUGUCAUGGUCAUCAUCCCAACUAUUGGAGGAAACAUUCUGGUCAUUCUUGCCGUGUCACUGGAAAGAAAGCUGCAGAACGCCACCAACUAUUUUCUGAUGUCGCUUGCUGUGGCUGAUCUGUUGGUGGGACUCCUCGUUAUGCCCAUUGCCCUCAUCACUGUUCUCUACAACUCUGACUGGCCUCUUCCGGAGCCCCUCUGCCCCAUUUGGCUGUUUCUCGAUGUGCUGUUUUCUACCGCAUCCAUCAUGCACCUAUGUGCCAUUUCACUGGAUCGCUACAUUGCCAUCAAGAAGCCAAUCCAACACAGCCAGUACAAAUCAAGAACCAAAGCGAUGGUGAAGAUUGCACUGGUGUGGCUCAUAUCCAUUUGUGUCGCAAUCCCAAUUCCAAUUAAGGGGCUUAAAAACUACCAUCUUCCCAACAACAUCACCUUUAACAGUAACCACACAUGCCUGCUGAAAACAGACACCUUCCGGGAAUUUAUCACAUUUGGCUCCUUGGUGGCAUUCUUCAUCCCUCUCACCAUCAUGAUGGUCAUCUACCUACUGACUGUCCACGUACUGCGCAAAAAGGUUUAUUUGCUCAGGUCAAAGGCCACUCAGCGCUUUAGCUACCCAACAGUCUCCACGGUUUUUCAAAGGGAACAGGCUGUGACUCCACCUCACACUGAGCAACUGAACAUGCUGGACAACAGACUUCCCAGGAUGCAAGAAAAACCAAAUGCAGGUGCACCGAACUCUCCUAUAGAAGAUGAAAUGUCCUUUCGGAGAAUGUCGACAAUGGGCAAAAAGUCAAUGCAGACUCUGAGCAAUGAGCAGCGUGCCUCAAAGGUACUGGGCAUUGUCUUCCUCCUGUUCGUAGUCAUGUGGUGCCCUUUCUUCAUUACUAAUAUAACCUCUGCCCUAUGCACCAGCUGUGACUUUCAUGUGAUUGGCCGCCUCAUGGAGAUCUUUGUUUGGGUAGGUUAUGUGUCAUCGGGUAUCAACCCACUGGUCUACACCCUAUUCAACAAAACUUUCAGGCAAGCAUUCACACGCUACAUCACCUGUAAUUACAAGAACUGUGUAAGUAACGAGCCAGGAAGGCACCCAAGGGCAUCAAAUGCAGAUCGGAGCCUUUCACGGAUUUCAUUCAGAUCUUCAAUGGCAGAAAACUCUAAAUUAUUCAUGAAGCGGGGAAUGAAGAAUGGCAUUGGAGCAGUUAGCUACCAAAGUCCACUGAGGUGCCGACAAGCACCUGUACAGCCAUCCAGUGGUGUUGUGUUAGACACAAUGCUUCUGACUGAAAAUGAAGGUGGUAAGCAGGUGGAACAUGUUAGCUUUGUAUAGAGAUACCAGACAAAUGAAACCAAUUAAAGAGAGCACCUGAAGUGGACCAGAUCAAUGGUGCAACAAAUAUUCAAAAUGUAUGAUUACAAUCUGUGGUCAUACUCAGUUUGACUGACAAAUCAUUCAAUGUCAGUGUCCACGAGAAUAAAAUCUAACCUGCUGUUGUCUGACAUUUGUUUACAUCAGUAAUUUUUUUUAGCAAAAGCAAACCAAGGCAAUGUUUUCCAACUACGGUCAUUUCAGAAACAAAAAGCUACUUUUCAUCUUCAAGUCAAACUGCAAAUCUGUUACAUAUGUGAAUUUAUAUGGUUAAAAUAUUACUCAAUGGACUUUGCAGAUGGGUUAGAUCAACAAUGUCAAUUCUCAAAGACAGCAAGACAGUUCAUAGGGUACCAGAAGAGAGUUUGAGAUUUCAAACGUUAUAAAACUGUUACCUUGAGAUGACCUGUAACAGGUCAACUUAAAAAGAAGAAAAAAGAGGAUAUCCUCUAUGAAAGGUCAAAAGACGACAAAGUUCAGACAAACAGACAUAAAUGUGAGGAGUGAAGACAUAACGAUAACCUGGAAACUCCUUCCUCAACUCAUUCCUAUGCUGAUUCUUCCAACUCGGACUAUUUGAAUAUGCUGUAAACCAUCUCAGACCAUGUGCUUAUAUUUUGUUCAGACAACCACGACUUUGUCUUUCAAAUCUCUCCUGCAGCAGACACAUAUAAUGCAUUGCACUCUUGAAAUGACACUUAUUGUAUUUGCUGGACCUUUUGAAAGUACUCUGUUUUGACAUGUUAAAAGGUUUCCAAAUAAAAAAUGUAUAUAAGAAAGAACGACAUCCAGAUUAAAUGGAAACCUAAAUGUGUUCAAUAAAAUAUUUUCUGUGAUGCUGAA